CUGCGGCGGAGUUUGGACUCACCUGAAUACCAAAUACGAAGGGUGAUGCCCCCAGACAUGUCGAUUUCAAUGAGGCACACGAAGCUGAAGGCGGAGGAAGCGGCUCUGCUAGCUGGCGAGCUCUCCAAGCCUUCCUGGGAGUCCAGGAACGAGGGUAUCCAUGAGAGGGUCAGCUUCGAAGACGCCAUAUGGGGCUUCGAUCUAGCCGGCGGCGCGUUUUAUAAAACACCAUUACGCGUAACUUAUGUGAAACCUGAUAGCAGAGCACAGAAAGCAGGAAUAAGACCUGGAGACAAGCUGAUCCGCAUCAAUGACAUAGACACAUCAACACUCACCAUACAGGAGGCGCACAAAAUUAUCAUUGAAUCUGGAAUACACCUCAAGCUGGCUGUUACUGCACCUGAAGAUGAAGAGGACAGCUACUGUUGUUACGAGGACCCUCUAGAUGAGGCAUAUGACAGUGACGAGGAAAGACGACUUGAAGAGGAGAAGGCCCUGAAGAGACAAGUUCACGCUAAAGUUAAUUCCUACUGGAGCCUGCAGUGGCCAUGGGUCAGUAAAAGAAGAGUUAUAUAUCGAGAGUCGAACUGCUUCAUGGUGCCCAGCAAAUACGAGGAUAAACAUAAAGAUAAAUUCCCGGAGCAGUCAUCUGUAAGAAUGGACGACAGUGUUGUAUUUGACGCUGCUAACCCUAGAAAAGAGAAUAAACGUGUAGAAAUUCAAGAAUAUUUCAGCGAAAAUGGUAAACAAGAUAAAAAAGAAGUAAAGAAUCAACAAUCAACAACAGUUCCUGCUGAUUUUAAUAGUAACAAACAACAUUUAGUAAAUGGUGUCAAUAGUAAUGGUGUAAAUGGUUCUUUAGGAGAAAUAUCUGAAGAGGAAGAAGUAGAUGACAUAGGUAAAAAUGGUGAAACGGAUUCUAAAGAUGAUGAAUCGAUAUCGAUAGUGGAAUCACUUAAUGCUGAUGUCGAUGAAUCAUCAUUGAAUAAUGAACAUGUUUCAUCAAACGACGACCAAGUUAUUGAUGAUAUAUUAAAUGGAACCGAAGGUAAUGAUAAUGUCGAGGAUGAAGUUUUAGAUGCAAUCUUCAGUGAUAGUGAGGAACAUAGUAACGGUGAUGCGGUUGAAAGAUAA